GGGCUCGGAGCCAAGGCUAUCAUCCCGGAGACGAACCUGCAGCUGUUUGUUCCGUCAGUUUGGAGAAAAUCACUUUCUACUUUGAGAGUGCGUGUGUGUUGUGGUGAAUAGAUUCGCUCCUGUGCGCAGCCCCCUCUCACAGCCCUCUCCCUCCACCGCAUGCGGCAGCAGCAUCAGCAGCAUCUCUGGCCGAGGAUUGAGGUUCUUCACACCGGACACUGACUGCGUCUUUCUCUGCGCACACAGACUGACCGGUGCUUCUCUGCUGGAUGCUAGUUCCUUCUGGUGCAGUCCCACGGAUCUGUCAGUGACCAUGCCGCGGGUGAACGCGCUGCCCCGCGGUGGCAGCAGCGUCACCGGCCCCGGCUCUCUGAGCCCCGCGUCUUUGUCCCGCAGCCUGUCCCGGCUUAGGGAGUACCGAACACGGACCAGGAUCAUGCUGACUCUGGGGGUCUCUCAGAUGGUGCUGGGGAGCCUGAUAUUGGCCGUGAGCUUCGCGGCUCUGGCCCUGACCACAUCACCCAGAGUCAGGCACUCGUGUCCCUUCUGGGCAGGCUUUUCUGUCCUGCUUUCUGGACUGAUCGGAGUAGUGUCCUGGAAGAGGCCGCUCUCUCUGGUGAUCACCUUCUUCAUGCUGCUGUCGGCUGUGUGCGUGAUGCUCAACCUGGCCGGCUCUAUCCUGUCCUGUCAGAACGCUCAGCUGGUCAACUCCCUGGAAGACUGUCAGCUGUGCGGAUGCUUGUUCCCUCCUUCUCCCCACCACCAGCUCAAGUUUGACAGCGAUGGAGUGUGUGUUUGCUGUGAGCUGCAGCACCAGAGUUCAGGCUGCAACAACCUGGGGGAGGCGCUAAAACUGAACCCGCUGAGGGACUGCAACACAAUACGCCUGCGUCUCAAGGAGCUGCUGUUCACCGUAUGUGCUCUGAACGUUAUCUCCACCAUUGUGUGCGCCCUGGCCACAGCCAUGUGCUGUAUGCAGAUGGUGUCAACUGAUGUUCUGCAGAUGUUUAUGCCCCACAGAGCACGGGCACUAAAUGCCGACUGCAUGACUCCACAUGGAACCAUCCUCCACCAAACACUGGACUUUGAUGAGUUUAUUCCCCCCAUACCACCCCCACCCUACUACCCACCGGAGUACACCUGCACCCCCUCAAUGGACGGGCAGAGCAGAGGCCUUCACCUGGAUUUUCCUCAUUCACCCUUCAGUGCCAUCUAUGGUGUGCCCAUAAACAGCCCAGGAACCCUGUACCCCACUGACCUGCCACCUCCGUAUGAGUCUGUGGUAGGACAGACGCCUGCCAGUCAGGUCACUACCAGUAUUGAGCAGCAGGCCACUGAAUCCAGCUUGUGUGAGAGGAACACGACUACAGGUCUCAGCACUCAGGCAUCAGUGGACAGUGCAUCACUAAUGGUGUCAGAGGUGGCAGAUCCAGAUCAGACCUGCUCCUCUGAGGACUUGUGCUCCCUGGAGGUGCAGGGUUCUGACUCCUCUCCUUAUGGCACUCUGCACACUGCCCCCACUGACGGAAGCUGCACCAGCCUGGAACUUUGUACACGUGACCCGUCACGUUGCCAUCGUGGAGUGAUUCACAUCGAUGUUCGCCCUAGCGACACGGGCUACAGUGAGUCAUCGCAGACUCAAGAGUCUCUGGAACGCUCUCCAGACUGGUCGUCAGAGAACUAUAGUAAUCUGGACCAGGAGGACUCUGCAGACAACAGCCACCCAUGCGAGGAACUGAGUGCUGCAGUGCACAUAUGUGAUGAGCUGGCUUCAGCCAAACAUUUGCCAGAAGAACCACCUAAACCUUCACCACACUCCCUGAUUAAAGCUCGAAUGAUGAGCCGAAAGCUCAUGCUCCCCGUCACGGUCCCUCCACCACCUCAGCCUUGUUCCCCGACCUCAGUUGCCUCCUCUGGUGGAACUUCUGCAAACAGCCCCGUGGCUCCAUCCCCUUCCCCUCCCAACAGACCCCGGGGCCCAAGGCUGUGUUUCAGUGUUUGGUCACCUUCUUCAUCAUCACAAACCCCUUCUACCUCAGCCCAGAGGGGCAACUCGCCUGCAGAGAGGCCUCGGGUGCUUAGGAGCACCAGCAAGUACCGAAGGCUGGCACGAAUUGUCCGCUCCACCAGUGACCCUAUAUCCUGCUUUUCAGCGACAGGAAGAGAAAAUAGUUUAUGUGCCUCUGCCAACAAUCCCACUGCUGAAGCUUCAGCUCACUCUUCAAUAGACCAAGACUCAAGAGAAAGCACCACAGAGGGGGUUGGAGCUAAGCUCAGCCACACAUUUAUCCGAAGGCAGCCGAAGGAUGAGAGAAAAAUCGACUUUUUCCUUAAACCUCGAUCCCAGCACACAAACUCAUCCAGUGAACGCCCACACUCGCUGGCUGACCUGAAGAUGUACAAAGACACCAAAAUAUUGGUGGCCAAGUUCCUGGAGCAUUCCAACUGCAAUCUACCUCCUGAGGUCCAGCAGGUUGUCAAUAAUAUCAAGUGUGUCAUCAAGUCGGAUGAGAAACACAUGGAGGAGGCUAUCUUCAGUGCAAAUGUCAUAGAUCAGAUGAUGACACAGCAAAUCACAGGCAGCCCAAGAAAGCGAGACUGUGACGAUCUCCAUCUCCAGAGCUGCGGGGCUUUAAGUUACUCUCCUUCCUCUUCUAUGUGCCGUCCCAAACACCACCAACAGACAACCAGCUCCUCCAUCAAACUGGUGGAAUCCCCCUCAUCUGAACACAGCCUUGACUGCAGAGAAACUAUUCUCUGACUACGUCUCUCAUCAAAUACUGGUCAAAACAUAGUGCAUUUUUAGGUGCUGGAGUUGCAGGAAUGUUGAGCUGAGCAGCAGAUGUUCUGCGGAGUAAUUAACAUCUCUUCAGACAUUUGGAGAUCAUUGAUUUGUACAUUGUGGCUGCGGGAGAGGCAAAGGGAAAUGCCCUUGUGUCGUCUCUUCUUGUGCCCUGUGAGACUUUGCCAAGUUAUCAGCAGAAAAGGUAGCAAACUCAGACUGAACCUGCCAGUGUCUGUACAAACGUCUUUCUCAUCAUGAAAACAGAUGAAUGUUUCUCCCUCAGGGGAUCUUUUCUACUGAAUUCUAUCCAUUAAAAAAUGUAAACAACUGGUAAAUCUGACCCCGUGACUGAGAGACAAUGGUAAUUAUUGAUACUACAACUGUUUUAAUACAGAGCUGAGGGCAAAAUGUUUGUUUUUAUCUGGGAACUAAGCUGACUGGUCAUGACCAGCCACUGAUUGCAAAUUUUGUGGACAUGUUUCUAAAUGCGUGGUAAAUAUUUUGUGGUGUCACAAGUUAAAAAAAAAAAAACAUCACAGAUGUGGAUUAUUAAAAAUACCUCAUUGUGAUUCUUAUCAGUGUUCCAAUAAAAUAUGAGUUUGUAAUCUGUGGCUUUGGUUCUUCUUUAGUACAUGAUUGUCAAUUAAUUGCA